CACACGUCUUUGGCUAGAUAUUAAUAGACGACGCUGUUAAUAGCUCUUUGAUACAGCUUCACAUAUUGUCCUGUCGCAUUUUUUGCGCCUCGUCUUUAUCCUGCCUCUCUUCCAUUAUUAUUUCUCUCUUGCGCACGCGACAUCGCUCUCCUCUUGUGCGCUCUAACCCCGCGACCUCCCCUCUUCUGCGAGCCGGUUCGGCCAAUUUCUUGCCAUCUCCAACAAACAAUUACCUUUACGCCAGCGCUCGUUUGAGAUAAGACUUAUCCAUAAGAGCACCCUGGCGUUCUUGAUUUCUUCGGGGCUCGUCCGGAUACGUCGAAUAUCCAAAGGUAAUUCGAAGCUGCUUAGAAACAUACUGCCGUCUCAUACGUUUACGACUACUCCUCACCGCAUGCCUGAACCUAGCACUGAGAAUGGAGAGUCUCCGCAGCCCACGACCGCUUCAGGCACCGCCGAAAAGAAAUUACCCGCUUUUCUCAAUCAGUCAAGAAGCGACAUCCAAGCGAAGUUCAUAGACCUGGAAUGGCAGCAGCGAACUCGUAUAGCCGAGGGCAAACAGCCAAACUCCACCUCGCAGUGGGUUUUCCUACCCAGUGACACCACGCUCCCCCGCAAUCGCUAUGCGAAUGUGGAGGUCUUUGCGAACAACAGGGUUAAGCUCAAAGUGCCUGAGGGUCACAGCGAUUACAUUAACGCGUCACCGAUUAAGCUUAAAACUACGAAGUCAAACACCCAGAAGAACUUCAUCGCCACGCAAGGGCCUAAAGAGGGCAUACAUGGACACAUUUGGCGCAUGGUUUGGCAGGAGUGUCCAGGUCCUGCCGUCAUCGUCAUGUUGACCCAGACCCACGAAGCUGGCCGUGAAAAGUGUUUCCAAUACUUUCCCUUAAAUAUGGAAAAUCCAACUAUGGACAUCACAGAGGAUGAUGAGUUUAAUGAUGACUUCAAGGCUUCGUUGACCCUGAAGGGAAUCACUGAGGACGAGGCCACCCAAAGCACCAUCAGAGAGAUGGAGCUUAAGACAGAAUCUGGAGAGAGCAAGACGAUAUGGCAUCUUCUUUUUACGGGGUGGCCAGACUUUUCCAUUCCUGAGGAUGAUAGUCGAGAUGCGCUGGUCAGACUAAUACAGCUCUCUGCCGAAAAGAACGCGAAUGCAGACUCUCCGCGCAUCGUACACUGCAGCGCGGGUGUUGGCCGGUCCGGAACCUUCAUUGCGCUCGAUUGGCUCAUUUCUGAGCUUGAAGAAGGCGGCUUCGACGAUCUCGACGAUGAGAACGAUCCCAUCGUCGACCUUGUAGAUGCGCUUCGCCAACAGCGCAUGAUGAUGGUGCAAUCAGAAGCUCAGUUUCAUUUUCUUUAUGAUCUUACGCGGCAACUCUGGAAUGACAGGCAAGAAGGUCGUAAGUUGGGCGAACUCAAGAUUCAAAACCAGCGGGACGCGAUAGACCUUUCACGGGCUGAAUUGGAGAAAGAGAUGCAAAUUAACGUGGCUCAGUCCGUAUUCCGAAAGCAGACUGAUUUGUGAACGUAAUUAAGACUCCAGUGUGCGUUUUUAUAUACUAGCGGGUGGCGAUCUGGGUAGAACGGGAUCUGAAUCAUUUGAGCAUCGUUGAGCAUGGUACAUGUACGUCCGCCAAGACCGUCGGCAUGCAAGGCGUUAAAAGACCAUGGAAAUGGAGCAUGUUAUGUGUAGAAGUUCAUCCUUUAGGUUUUCCAAGCGAAACGUAUUUUUUGUCCUUGAACAUA